AGCUCCGGAGAGAGAGAGAGAGAGAGAGAGAGGGAGAGAGAGAGAGAGAGAGAGAUAGUGAACCGGAGAGAUAGAGGGAAUGAGACGGGGAACAGGACAUUUUGGCGAACAUUAAACACUGGAAGAGAAAGCGCUUCUUUGUUGUUGACUCGGUGAGAGAACUAGUGAGAGGAGAGCCCGAGGGGGGGCCGGCGACUUUCCCUCAAGUUGACGCCAGUGGAGGAGUCUUUUUUUAUUUUGGAUUGUUUUAAACGAGAGGAAAACUAUAGCUCGCACGCUUCACGCUUUUAAACUGAACUAAAGUUGAACUUAGGCGUUGUGUCAGUCGGUAAAUGUUGUGACAUUUUGUGCAGAGCAUAAAGUGCUCCAGCGGUCGACGGUAGGUCGAGUGGCGGGGUGAAGCCCGAGCUGUCAAACCCGAUGACUACUGCAAACUGCCCCGGGAAUGAGGAGCUGGAUUUCAGACUGAUAUUCGGAGAGGACGGGCAGCAGCAGCCGCUAGGCCCCGCAGAUCUGGAGCCUGAUGACAACACAUCAUUCUACAUCCUGAAUGUGGCCCAGCCCCAGUCUAUGGUCACCAACCACCAAUCUAUUGGCCUGACUCGUCAUGGCAUGCAGUCCCAUUCCCAGGUCAUCAACAGCUCCCCACGCUUUCAGUCGCACAAACCAGGAUCUGAGCCUCCCAGCUAUGAGGCACACGACUCCAAGUACGGCACCUCCCCCCUGCUUCCCUCUGCUCCUGUGGAAGCACCCAAGGCCUUUGAGUGUCCCAGUAUACAGAUCACCUCCAUCUCCCCCAGCUGCCAGCAGGAGAUGGAUGCCAAUGAGGACGAUCUGAGAGCCAAUGGGCCUGAUGGGGACUACCACGGUGAUAGACCGCUGUCCAGGGACCACUUGUAUUUACCCCUGGAUCACUCAUAUCGGGACUCCUCGCUCAGCCCGAGCCCCUGCAGUAGCCUCUCCUCUCGGAGCUGGUUCUCUGACGCCUCCUCCUGUGAAUCAUUCUCACAUGUGUACGAUGAUGUUGACUCAGAGCUAAAUGAAGCAGCUGCCCGCUUCACCUUGGGCUCCCCACUCACUUCCCCGGGCUGUGCUUCCCCUCAAACCAGUGGCGUUUUGGAAGAGCAGCCACACUGGCAGCACCACCACCCUGCUUUUGUGCACCACUCACAAUCCAUCAGCCUCUCACCCAGACAGUCCCCCUGCCACUCGCCGCGUACCAGUGUCACUGAUGAAAAUUGGCUUAGCCCCAGACCACCUUCCAGACCUUCCUCACGUCCCACUUCACCCUGCGGAAAGAGGCGCCAUUCUAGCGCUGACAUCUGCUACUCCAGCUCGUUGUCUCCUCACCAUUCACCUACACCUACACCAGGACCCUCACCCAGGGGCAGCGUGACAGAAGACACCUGGGUUGGCAGUCCUUCAGUAAGCAUGUCACCCUUCCAGUGCUGCCCAUCUGAGGUCGAUAUCCCAUCCAAGACAAGGAAGACCUCCCAGGACAGAACAGUUAUGCAGACUGGGAAAGGGGAGCCAGGGCUGGAUGAUCAAGGAAACAUGUCCCCAAAUCUUGACUCGCCUUCAGACGAGGCCCUGCACAGCCUGAAGAAGGACGGGCCAGGGGAGCAGUUUCUGUCAGUGCCCUCCCACUUCUCAUGGAAUAAACCCAAGCCUGGUCACACACCUAUAUUCAGGACCUCCUCACUGCCUCCUCUUGAUUGGCCACUGCCAAGCCAGUUCGGCCAGUAUGACCUGAAGAUAGAGGUGCAACCCAAAGCCCACCACCGAGCACACUAUGAGACAGAGGGCAGCCGAGGAGCAGUCAAGGCAGCAUCCGGAGGCCACCCAGUUGUCAAGCUCAUUGGCUACAGCGAGAAGCCUGUCAACCUGCAGAUGUUCAUUGGAACGGCAGAUGACCGCUACCUGAGGCCGCACGCCUUCUACCAGGUGCACCGGAUCACCGGGAAAACCGUAGCUACAGCCAGCCAAGAAAUCAUCGUUUCCAGCUCCAAAGUUCUUGAAAUUCCUCUCCUGCCUGAGAACAACAUGACAGCCAGUAUCGACUGUGCUGGCAUCCUUAAGCUGCGGAACUCCGACAUUGAGCUGCGAAAGGGGGAGACGGAUAUUGGAAGAAAGAACACACGAGUCCGUGUGGUGUUCAGGGUGCACAUCCCUCAACCUAACGGGAAGGUGCUGUCACUGCAGGCUUCCUCUAUUCCUGUGGAGUGCUCCCAGCGUUCAGCUCAAGAGCUGCCCCAGGUGGAGAAAUCCAGCCUGACCAGCUGUCUGGUCAGUGGGGGAGAAGAGAUGGUCAUCACUGGCUCCAACUUCUUCCCAGAGUCCAAGGUCAUCUUCCUGGAGAAAGGCCCUGAUGGGCGACCGCAAUGGGAAGUGGAAGCAAAAAUCAUUCGUGAGAAAUCACAAGGAUCAUGCAUUGUGGUGGAGGUUCCUCCCUACCACAGUAAAACGGUGGGCUCAGCUGCACAGGUGCAGUUUUAUGUCUGCAAUGGCAAGCGGAAAAGGAGCCAGUCACAACGCUUCACUUACCUUUCAGUCAUGGUGAAACAGGAGAAUAGAGAUGAGCUGGACCUUCCUGCAGUACCCCCUAUAUCCAUGCCCCUGGCACAUGCUGCCAGUUUGGUGCGCACCCAGCUGCCUUCUCCUGAGCAGGGCCACCCAUCGGAAAACCUUCUGUCAAGCUCCCCUCGCAGUCUGGCCACAGGCUCCGGACCUGGCCUGCUACCCCUACAGGCCCCCUGCCCCUCUCUGGGCUCCCCGUCUUUCCAGCACCUGCCUCACCUCCAGGGGCGCAGUUUGCACCACCCUCCCGCAGACUGCCACAUGACGUUCCACCCGAGCUCUGCUCCUCCGCGGACCUCCUACCAGCCUAUGCAGCACAGCCACAGUCACGGUCACAGCCUGCCCUUCAACGGCCAGUCCAGCCUGCCUCCUCAGGGUUAUGAACGGAUGCCCUUUCAGCACAGCCCCAGUGCAGCACCCCACCAAAUGGGCAUGGGGAUGGUGUACCCUUCCUCUCCUUGUUCUUCACCAUCAACACCCUCCUCUUCCACCAACCCCAUAGCUGGGUCUCCCCAGAGCCAACAACCCCUGCUCACUCCUUCAUCCCCUCACCUCCACACACUCGGAGGCUAUCACCCGAACCCUACCCAGGUGCCCUCUUCAGGUGGCCAUCCACUCAUGGGGCAGCACUCCUCUCAACUGCAAAGGGCCAUGGGAUACCAUCCCGUUGGUCAAAGGUCAGCAUCCUGUCCCACAACGUCCAGUGCCCCACCACCGCCACAAAUGAUUCCCUCGCAUCACUCUGGGCCUUCCUCCCCUCAGCUGCACUCACUGCCCUACCAGUCUCCCACCUCAUCCUCCCCCACCUCAGGAGGCAGUCCUCUGGGUCCCCCCCAACAGCACCAUUCAGGACAGCUUUCACCCCAGGCUACAAGCCCGGUCAUGGCCAGCCUGUCACCGGCUGCAGCAGGGUCACUGGUUCACCCUCUUAGCCCACAGGUGCCCUUCCCAUCAGACGGGGAGAGGCUGAACAUCAAACAAGAGCCCGAGGAGAAGGAGCCCACCUUCCGCUCAAUUGGCCUGCAGGACAUCACGCUGGAUGAUGUGAAUGAAAUCAUCGGCAGAGACAUGUCCCAGUCCCCCAGCACCCAUGUUUCUCCAUCAGCACACAGCCAGUCAUAGCUCAGCCAACACCUCGGCCCUGGUGCAGUCCUCCAGGGAAUCAAACCACCUCCCCCUUGCAGCUCUAACCAUGACCAAAACCCUGUUCCAGGUCCAUGUUCAGGUUAUGGUCCUGUGUGAAGUUGGACAAGAUGAGCGGGGGGGGGGGGUUGCUGUGGUCAGGGACAGAAUACACUUCUGCUAAAUCCUCAUGGACCUGCUGCACCACCAGCCUGACAAUCUCACCCCUCUCCUCUGAUUUCUUUAAAACUGCGACAUAAAUGUUUUCUGAAAUAUAGAAACAGAACUCAACUCAGAUUGAAAAGAAAGAUGAGCUGCAGCCUUAUUUGUGUUAGAAUAUUUGCAGAAUAACGAAACCAUAGAGAUCUGUCCUUCUACAAUAGCUGUGUGUCUGACCUUUCAAAGCACCACUGUCUUCCUGAACAAUCAGCUCUGUGGAUCUGGAGCGCUAGCUUUGACUUACUGUAGUGGAGACGAUACUGCAGUGUGUGUUGUCGUCCACCCUCUCACCAGCAUUGACGUUUAUGAAUGAGGAUAUUAUAAGGCAGAAGACGAAAGACUCGGAAGUGCCCAGCGCUUUCAAAGGAAGGGAUGGGAUUGUAAAAUGUUGCGUAGAGUGUUUCUCAGGCGAUAUUUUUGUCUCCCAGGAUGCUUGAAAACGUUAUUGUUUUCCCCCUGAGUGAGCAUCAGCUGAAGUGGCAUGAUGCGAGAUGAUGGGAAGAAAUAUUGGCCGUAAAAAUAGAUGCCCCAACUCAAAGUUUAAAAAAAAAAAAAAAAAAAAAAAAAAAGUAUCCAUCAGUCUGCUUUAUUAAAGACGACACUGUCCACUCCUUGCGCCCCCCCCCCCCCCCUUUUAAAUUACAAAAGCAUUUAGGAGCAGGGUGCAGGGCUUCAGCAGGGAGGACAAGCUCCUCUGGUGCUGGACAUGGAUUUGCAACCUGCAACAUUCCACAACUUUCAGCAACCCUGCAGCCAUGUAGUUAUCUGUAAAUGAUACCCCCCCCCCCCCUUAGCCCUACUAUGUUUUUCUUCUUCAAGCUGAACAAAUGCCUUAUUAAUACUUAGCAGCUUUGAAUGAUAGCAAAAGCUUUUUUGUAUUGUUGUGUUGUUUUUUUUGCACAGCUGUUUGUUUUUUUUACAGACCUCCGACUUGAUCAGUGUUGAUCUGAUUUUUUCAUGACUCCUGGAGGGGGGUGGGGUUGGGGGGGAGUGGGGGUUCAUGACUGAGUAAGCCCUCUUAAACAUUUUCAUUCAAAGAUAUGCGACGAUAAGAUAUGUGUCACUCCUGACGUUUCUUCUCUUAUGCAUAACAUCCCAAAUUGUCCAGGGGCCCCUUCGUGUGCCUUGUGUCUCUGCUGGCACCACACCUGUGAUAGCAUCAGCAGCAGCGGAUAUUAAAAAGAAAAUGUAACAAAAGUUAAAAGUAUUACAGGUUUUAUUUACGUAUUCCCCCUGUCUUUAUUGAACACUGUCAGACACUUCUCCCUGAGUGUCUCUUCAUGACAAUGUUUUCAUUCGAUCCCUGAUCUGACACACAUGCAAAGAGUGUUUUCCGGUAGGUUUCUCGUCAGAUUGUGUGGAUGUGAACAGACUGAUGCAGGUUCUGGUGUGAACAUUUGCAUCUGCUUAUUUUUUUUAUUUUUUUUGUUGCCUUAAGCUCGACAAUGACGCUCCUCCUGUGUGUGAGGAGCAUUGCAAAUGACUGUUUGAAGUCAGUGUCCAGGUGAAAAAGAUUCUACUAUGCAUUAAAAUUCUGCCUAAUGCCUUUUAAAAUGAGAAAAAAGAAAAAAAGACCUUGAUGCCUCUAGAAGUAGACUGUAGACUUGUUGAUUGGUUCUGUUAGCAUCCUGGAGUUGUUCAUCAGCCAAUCUGCCUUGUCAAGGACACACUGCAAGCAUCUUCAUGAGUUCAGGAGUGUGUGAGUACGGAUGGUGUUUGAACCAAAUAUGCUGUACAGAAGACAGGAAUUAUAAGAGUGUUAUUUUCAACAACAGAAGCACACACAUGUAUUUAGGCUAUGCAAGCUAUAACAGCAGUAAAUGUGAGAUACAACAUUAAAAAAGAGAUUAGAACCUUUUAUGUUGUUUCUGAACUUCACAGAGAAGAAAGAAAUAAAACAUUCAGAUAGUGAGAGAAUCAUGUCACUUUGUAAACUAUUAGGAUGCCUUAACUCUUGUUUGAAAAACAGUUUUUCAGUGUGUCUGUAUGCUUUUCUGGGUUGAUUUAUUUUUCCAUGACAAAGAUGCAAGUCAGUUACCUUUAUUACUUUAGCUUGUUUGGAGGGGAGGCACGGGGAUGGGGGAAGGGAGUUGACUUUUGUUCAUAUAAAGCUGGUUCUGCAGCCUGAAAGACUCGAGUCAUCGAGAGAAACAACAAAACCAGCAUCACCAUGAAACUCUGGCUGCCGUCCUCUUCUGUCACAACCAAAGACCGAACAAGACGUUCCCCCUUUACAUAACAAUAAAGCAACAGAGACUCUUCUGCUCUAUUUUUGAUACUUUGAAAUGGAUGUCAUUCCUAAAAGGUUGGGGACAUGUAUGGGUGUUGAAUAUGUAUUGAUAUUUUGAUAUCUAUAGAUGUUCAAACACACCCACAUACAUAUAUAUAUAUAUAUAUAUAUUCACACAUCUAUAUAUAUGUUUUGUAAAAUAAAAGGGAAAUACAGGUUUAGCUGAUGUUUACCGAGCCUUGUGUUGUCAUUUCCUGUAUAUUUUGUAUGUUAAAAUUUUUGUAAUUUUUAAGACUGCAGUGCUUUUUGAAAUUAUUCAAAGGGAAUACCUUGCUUAUAAUGUAGGCUCUAAAGUAGUAUAUAUCAAUAAAACAGAAAACUCA